AUGGAGGAGCAGGAAGGCCACAGGCCUCCAGAUCCACCACUUCAUCCAAUCGAGGAACACGACACCAGCAGUCCGGACUCUACUUCAUCAUCUGACGAUACCUUGAAUGAAACUGGAACACAUAGAAAUAAUCCGCCCCAAGAAAAUGAUAAAUCCAAGCUCCCGAAAAAAAACGCGAGACCUCCAAAUAGAUGUCUUCAAAAUGCUCAACCUUCAACGCCCUCACAAGAACAACCUCAAACGCCCAUGUCCAACCGAGCCACUAUGGCACGACAGCCAACAGAAUCCGGAAGUUUCUACUACGCACCCCAAUCCCAGUGCGGCCAAUCAAUUCGAUCCAAAACAUCCAGUCGACCACAGCCCCAGCAAUGGCCGUCGCACUCAGUAGCAGGUUCAACAGCGCCUAAUGCCACCCAGCAGCAGGGGCCCGUUUACGUCGACCCGAAAUACCAGGGUCUCAAUCCUCGAUAUGGUGGACACAAUGAGAAGCCAGUAUGGGGUUUGGCAAAACCACUUCCACGUGUGGUGAGGCCCGGUAUGCGUCGAGACAAUAGUGAAAGGCCAAUGGCGUAUGAAGCAGAACCUCCAGGCGAAUCUCAACCCGCUCCUGAGCUGGGUGUGACACCCGGUGUUAGCUCUCCUUCACCUGCUGUUGGUGGCCAACCCUCCCAUGAUCAUUUCAACUACUCUUCUGUGGCUCAGCAAGGUCUUGCAAGGAAGCAUGCUGUUUAUGCACCGCAGGCUGAUGGUAUGCUCCGGCCCAUGGAGACUGAGGCGUCACAAAAGCCAGAAUUUGAAGAGCAAGAGAUGGAGGAACCUCAGGAAGAAUUCUUGAAUACUUGGGUGAAGAUACGGCACUUUAUGAAAGAGCCGUUUGCCGAAUGGCUAGCUACUACAGUUGCCGUUUUGAUCGGCCUAACUGGCACUCUGGCCAUAUCAACAGGCGGUACAAAUGCUGGCAGCAAAUUAUCAGAGAACUGGAGCUGGGGACUCGGGUUUAUGGUCGGAAUCUAUCUUGCCGGUGGUAUAUCAGGUGCCCAUCUUAAUCCUGGCAUCUCCAUCGCGCUUUGGAUAUUUCGCGGAUUUCCAGGUCGGCGAUGCGCUUUUUACGUGAUUGCUCAGAUUCUAGGCGGCAUUACUGCGGCGGGGAUAUCAUACUGCUUAUAUAGAGAUGCUAUUUUUGCACUGGUACCCAAUGCAAGCGCAGGUCCUACAGGACUUGGAUUUUACACAGAACCACAAAGCUAUAUCAGUUCGGUAACAGCCUUUUUUACGGAAUUUGUCGCGGAUACAAUCUUGUUGUGUGUUAUUUUUGCAAUGGGUGAUGAUAGCAACGCGCCGCCUGGAGCGGGUAUGCAUAGCUUUGUGAUUGGUUUGGUGAUUUAUGCUCUAUGCAUCUGCUUAGGAUUUAGUACGGGAGGGUGUUUGAAUCCAGUCCGAGAUUUUGGUCCUCGCCUAGUUGCCUUGAUGGCCGGUUAUGAAGGUACUUUCACGGCCCGUAGUGGGUGGUGGUUUUGGGGCGGAUGGGUGGCUACUAUUAGUGGUUCUCUGACGGGCGCUUCUCUUUACGACAUAUUCAUCUUCAUUGGCGGGGAGUCGCCUGUAAACUAUGCUCCAAGGCGCCGUAAGAGAGCGACCUUGAAGAAGGAAACCAAAUGGAGGAAAAGGCUUGGGAUUGGAAAAGGAAAACUUCCAUCUCUCGAAGACGGAAUCAAAAACUUAGACGAUUGA